GAGGGGCGCCCUACUGCUGGAAUAGGAGGCCGUGCUUCAAGACAAGCCUUCCUGAGGCUGCAACUCUGCCGUACCCAAGUGUGUCGGGGUCACGCACCGUGCAGUGAUGCGUGACCAUCUCCAGCCUCCCGCCGGGACCCACUGCCCGGGCAGGGUCUGAACCCCCACCGCCUCCAGCUCACGCGCGCAGGGGUGCGUACACGUGGUGACCUGCCUGGGGCCGGGUUCCCGGCUCCGGCUCCUCCUCCCUCCAGCUCACGUUAGGCUUUCUGCAGUAUCACGUGCAGCCGCGCCGGGUGCAGGAUGGCGGCUGCGGCAGCAGCGGUGGGUGUCAGGCUCCGAGACUGCUGCAGCAGGGGCGCUGUGCUCCUGCUCUUCUUUUCCCUGUCCCCUCGGCCCCCGACCGCCGCCGCCUGGCUGCUGGGCCUGCGGCCCGAGGACACCGCUGGAGGCCGCGUGUCUCUGGAGGGGGGCACCCUGCGCGCCGCCGAAGGCACCAGCUUCCUUCUGCGCGUCUAUUUCCAGCCCGGGCCCGCGGCGCCCGUGGAGCCGGUGCCCACACCCACCCUUUCCCCAGGGGAGAAUAGCACCGGCGACUGGGCUCCACGGCUCGUGUUUAUCGAGGAGCCUCCGGGCGGGAGCGGCGCGGCACCCAGCGCUGUUCCCACGCGCCCCCCGGGGUCGCAGCGCUGCCGCGAGCAGAGCGACUGGGCAUCGGACGUGGAGGUCCUGGGGCCCCUGCGCCCCGGAGGCGUGGCGGGCUCAGCUCUAGUCCAGGUGCGGGUGCGGGAACUGCGUAAGGGCGAGGCAGAGCGAGGCGGCACGAGCGGUGGCGGGAAGCUCUUCUCUCUGUGCGCCUGGGACGGGCGCGCCUGGCACCACCACGGCGCCGCCGGCGGCUUCCUGCUGCGCGUACGCCCGCGGCUCUAUGGCCCGGGCGGGGACCUGCUGCCCCCCGCGUGGCUGAGGGCGCUCGGAGCGUUCCUGCUGCUCGCCCUGUCUGCCCUGUUUAGCGGCCUGCGCCUGAGCCUGCUCUCGCUGGACCCGGUGGAGUUACGGGUGCUGCGGAACAGCGGCUCGGCCGCCGAGCAGGAGCAGGCGCGCCGAGUGCAGGCCGUGCGCGGCAGGGGCACCCAUCUGCUCUGCACCCUGCUCCUGGGCCAAGCCGGAGCCAACGCGGCCCUGGCAGGCUGGCUGUGCGCCUCGCUGCCGCCGGGAGUCGGGGACACCGGGGAAGACUACGGCGACGCGGGGACUCACUUCCCCUGGCUGCCGGCGCUCGUGUGCACCGGCGCCGUGUUCCUGGGCGCAGAGAUCUGCCCCUACUCGGUGUGUUCGCGGCACGGGCUGGCCAUCGCCUCCCACAGCGUGUGCCUGACCCGGCUCCUGAUGGCGGCCGCUUUCCCCGUGUGCUACCCGCUGAGCCGCCUGCUGGACUGGGCGCUGCGCCAGGAGAUCAGCACCUUCUACACGCGGGAGAAGCUGCUGGAGACGCUGCGGGCCGCGGAUCCUUACAGCGACCUGGUGAAAGAGGAGCUCAACAUUAUCCAGGGCGCCCUGGAGCUGCGCACCAAGGUGGUGGAAGAGGUGCUGACCCCUCUUGGGGACUGCUUCAUGCUGCGCUCCGACGCUGUGCUGGAUUUCGCCACUGUCUCCGAGAUCCUGCGCAGCGGCUACACUCGCAUCCCCGUGUACGAGGGCGACCAGCGGCACAACAUUGUGGACAUUCUGUUUGUCAAGGACUUGGCCUUCGUGGACCCCGACGACUGCACGCCGCUUCUCACGGUCACCCGCUUCUACAACCGGCCCCUGCACUGCGUCUUCAAUGAUACCCGGCUGGACACGGUGCUGGAGGAGUUUAAGAAGGGAAAGUCUCACCUGGCCAUUGUCCAGCGGGUGAAUAAUGAGGGAGAAGGGGACCCCUUCUAUGAGGUGAUGGGCAUUGUCACACUGGAGGACAUCAUAGAGGAGAUCAUCAAGUCGGAGAUCCUGGAUGAAACUGACCUCUACACCGACAAUCGGAAAAAGCAGAGGGUCCCACACAGGGAGAGGAAGCGGCACGACUUCUCCUUGUUUAAGCUUUCUGACUCGGAGAUGAGGGUGAAGAUCUCUCCACAGCUUCUGCUGGCCACACACCGCUUCAUGGCCACAGAAGUGGAGCCGUUUAAGUCUCUGUACCUCUCGGAGAAGAUCCUGCUGCGGCUCCUGAAACAUCCCAACGUGAUCCAGGAGCUGAAGUGUGAUGAGAAGAACAAGAAGGCCCCGGAACACUACCUGUACCAGCGCAACCGCCCUGUGGACUACUUUGUGCUACUUCUGCAGGGUAAAGUGGAGGUGGAGGUUGGUAAGGAAGGCCUUCGCUUCGAGAACGGAGCCUUCACCUACUAUGGUGUCCCAGCCAUCAUGACCACUGCUUGCUCAGAUAACGAUGUGCGGAAGGUUGGAAGUCUGGCUGGAUCCUCUGUCCUUCUAAACCGGUCCCCUUCCCGCUGCAGCGGGUUGAACCGCUCUGAGUCUCCGAGCCGUGAGCGCAGCGACUUUGGGGGAAGCAACACCCAGCUGUGCAGUAGCAGCAACAACCUCUACACACCCGACUACUCAGUCCACAUCCUCAGCGACGUGCAGUUUGUGAAGAUCACACGGCAGCAGUACCAGAAUGCGCUCACCGCCUGCCGCAUGGACAGCUCACCUCAGUCCCCCGACGUGGAGGCCUUCACUGACGGAGACUCCACCAAGGCCCCCAUGACCCGGGGCACACCCCAGACCCCCAAGGAUGACCCUGCCGUCACCCUCCUGAGCAACAGGAACAGCCUGCCGUGCAGCCGUUCAGAUGGGCUGAGAAGCCCCAGUGAGGUCAUGUACCUGAGGAUGGAGGAGAUGGCCUUCACCCAGGAGGAGAUGACAGACUUCGAGGGGCAGAGCACGCAGCAACUCUCACUGUCUCCUGCAGCUGUUCCCAUGAGAGCAGCAUCAGAUAGUGAAUGUUGUCAUAUCAACCUGGACACAGAGACCAGCCGCUGCAGCAGCGGCUUUGAGGAAACCAUGGGCCAGAAGUUGCUGAGAACCUUGAGUGGUCAAAAAAGGAAGAGGUCACCAGAUGGAGAGAGAACCUCUGAGGAGAACUCCAACUUAACCCCUCUCAUCACAUGACAGGGCAGUCAGCGUUCGCUGGGUGCGUGAGAUUCCAGAGCUUUGGGGAGAACCCGCCCUCCCGUCAUCUGCUUCUCCCCAAGGCCUCCCACAGGCGACAGCGCGUUCCGCUUUCCUCACCACCUCUUCACCCCGAGCUGUCAGUUUGGCAGAUUUUCCCUCGUCCCUCCAGUUUGACUCAGAGCCUUGCGGUAGCCAUAACGGAAGGAGGUGCCUCAGUGGAACAUGCUAGAAAUGGUUUUAUCCACAGCACAGUCUGGGACUGGAGAAGAAAUGACCCCAGGCUGACAGUGCCACUCGAGGAUCCCUGAUGCCCUUUUUUGUUCUUUGGUGUCCCCUGGCACCAUA